UUUAAAACAAUGCUUUGCCUUUUGUUCUUUAUUCUCGAAGGAUUAUCAAUUUGAUAAGGAAGAAUUAAUCUUGAUGUGGAUGGCAGAAGGUUUCUUGCAACCGUCAAAGCGAAAUAUGACUUUAGAAGAAGUUGGUCAAGAGUACUUUGAUGAUUUAACUUCAAGAUCAUUCUUUCAACCCUUAUCACCUGAAACUGAUGUGUACUUUGGGAUGCAUGAUCUCAUUCAUGAGUUAGCAACUCAUGUUGCUGGAGACUUUUACCUUAGAUUAGGGGAGAAUGGAAACAAAAUUGGUAAUAAGACACGCCAUUUAUCUUGCAACUUUCAAUAUUAUCCAUGCUUAAGUCGUGAGGUUUUUCAAAAAUCAAAAGGCAUACGAACAUUUAUAGGAUUGGAUUUUUUCAAUGUCCCUAGGUCUAUUGGAAAUGCUUCUCAUAUUGUAUCAUCAAAUUUGAAGCACUUGCGGAUGCUGUCACUUGAGGGUUUGCGGUCCUUAAAGAUAGUUCCUGACUUAAUCGGGGAAUUUAUCCAUUUGCGCUAUUUGAAUCUAUCAUUUACAAGUAUUAGAAGUUUGCCUAAUUCAAUCUGCAAGUUGUUUAAUUUACAGACGUUGAAGUUGCGUGGAUGUUCAUAUCUUGAGAUGCUACCAAGUGACAUGAAAGAUCUUGUAAAUCUUCGGUAUUUGGAUCUAUCUUUCUCAAAGAAGAUUGUAAGUUUGCCCGACUCAUUGUGCGAAUUAUACAAUCUACAAACAUUGCAGUUGCCAUGUUGUGAUUCUUUGAAGAUGCUGCCAAGAGAUAUGCAAGAUCUUAUAAACUUGCGACAUCUUGAUGUAAGAGGCACUAACUUGAAAGAAAUGCCGAGGGGAUUGGGUAGCUUAAAAGAUUUGAAAAUUUUAAGUAAAUAUGUUGUGGCCGAAGACCAAGGGACCGGAAUUGGAGAAUUGGGAGGAAUGUCAAAUUUGAAGGGUUUGAUUGAAAUUAGUAAAUUGGAGAUUGUCAAGAAUGGAAAAGAAGCCUACGAGGCGAGGAUGAUGGAGAAGAAGCACAUUAAAGGGUUAACAUUAUCAUGGUCUAGAGAUGGUGACGUGGAAGACACACGAACUGAGAGAGAUAUUUUGGGAAAUCUUCAACCUCAUUGGGAUUUAGAAGAUUUGGAAAUUAGAAAUUAUAGGGGCACGAUAUUUCCGGAUUGGUUAGGAAGCCAUUGCUACUUGAACAUGACUAUGUUGCAAUUGGUAGGGUGCAAAAACUGUUGCAUGCUUCCAACCCUUGGACGGCUCCCCGCUCUAAAGGAAUUAAGAAUUAAUGGAUUAAAUGGGGUAAAAAUAAUUGGUGAUGAGUUGUUGAAGGGAGAUGAUUGUGCUUCCAUAAUACCAUUUCCAUCCCUUGAAGUUCUCGAUUUUUCUUCGAUGACUUCAUGGGAACAAUGGCAUUCCAUUAACAUGGAAGCUUUCCCUAAGCUCCAAAUACUCAGAAUAUAUGAUUGCCUCAAGUUAAUUGGAAAUUUACCUCGCCAGUUGCUUUCUUUAGAAACUCUGGAGAUUGAUCGUUGUCCAUUUUUUUGUUCUAGUAUUCCGAGGUGUCCCAAACUUCAUAAACUAGCGAUAGAUGGAAGUGAAAAUGUGGGGUGGCAACAGCAAGAGUUACCUUCAUGCCUUUGGGAGCGAGAGAUUGUAGGAUGUCGGAUGUUGGAAUCAAUGGCAGAGCCACUCUCCAAACAUUCGCAUUUACAACAAUUAACUAUCUCUGGUUACUCUAAUAUAUCACCUCCAAUUAUUCAUUUGCCCCAGUCAUUACAAUAUUUACGGGUACGAUUGUGUGAAAAUGUUGAUUUUGUGAUGAGUUCAACUGCUCCUCUUCAAAAUCUCCAGUCUAUCAGUAUUGCAUUGUGUAAUUUUGUGAAAUUUAUGUGGGAUGACAUGGAAGGCCUUCUCCCGAAUUUAAGAAAGCUAAGCAUUGAGCAUUGUGAUGAGAUGGAAGCAUUUCCAGAAGGGAUCCUUGUGGCAAGUUUGAGGGAACUUAUUAUUGUAGGGAAUAGUAAGCUAUUAUCCCAUCAAGCAGAGUGGCACCUCCCAAGUAAUAUCACUUACCUUCGUAUGUAUCGCUAUAGUAAAGUGAAGUGUUUCCCAGAGGGGUGUUUUCUUCCUGCCACUCUAACCACCCUAGAACUCAAUGGCUUUGAUUGCUUGGAGACAUUGCAUUGCACAGGACUUCAACACCUAACCUCUCUCCAACGUCUAAAGAUCAUCUAUUGUCCCAAGCUAGAGAAAAUGUCAGGAGAAAAGCUGCCUGCUUCUUUAAGAAAGCUUCACAUUUGGGGAUGUCCGUUGCUUGAAGAAAAAUACCUCAGCAAGGAUGAACAAUUUUUCCGCCAGAUAUCUCACAUCCCAAACAUCAAUCUAUUCACGAUUACAGAAGCAAUCCACUUGGUCUCAAAAUUAUGCAGAAGUGCAGAUUCCUCUAAGCUUAUACCAAUCAUGUAAUGAGGAAUUAUUGGCAAAAAAUAAUCAUGAAGAUAGAGUCCAACAUGGUUAGUUCUAAUUGGUAAAAGCAAACCCAAUGCUUCUUCUUUGCAAGGGGUAAUGCUGCAAUUAAGAUCCCCUUCAUAUAUUCCUAUUCUAAAGAGCACCAGCAAGAAUGACAGCAAGGGAUUUGCAGACCUGAAGUCUUGAACCUGUGCUGAUGAAAUCCAUCCUCUUUCUUGGACAGAAUAUUCUCUGAUUUUCUGGAAUUUUUUUUUUGGUGGCUCGGGUGCAUUAUUAUGUUGUUUUCAAAGAAACUUUUGGUGAAAGUGUGUGUGAUGAAUCUGUAUUCUGCAUAUAGUGGCUUUUUUUUUCUGCUUGCUUAAAUGUUGCGACGAAGAUGUGUAUAAUUUAAUGUGAAUACUUAUCACUUGUAAAAUUCUCAGGCCUCAUGCUU